AUGUUUUCUUUGCCUAUAUCUACCUCUAAUGCUUACAUUAAUCUUCCCAUUUGCCCUAUCACCCUCCCGUACCAGUCCAAUAUGGGUUCGCUAGCUUCCGAGCCGCGACCGGCAUCGCUGUCUUCGCCUCAGUUCGACUGUUCUCGUUAUCGAGUCCUCGCCGGGUUUUGUCCUAAGGAAGCAGGGGAUAAUGCUAAUGUUUUUAAUUGUAUACAGUGUUAUAAUCCGUCUGACAAUACAUGGAACCAUGUCAGCUUCAUUCCGGACCUAGAAAAUCACGUGUUAAAAGGUUUUGCAAUGGUUUCACUAGGGGAAUCGGUUUACAUUAUCGGUGGGAGGUUAUGGAACAGAGGAAAUCAUCGGAAUUCGAGUGAAUCCGAUGAGUUUCUCCAUGUCGAUUUCCAAGUGUCGAGUUUAGUAUUACGAUACAAUGUUCGGUCGGACCAAUGGUCGAAAUGUGCACCGUUGGGGACGCCGAGAUACGAUUUCGCUUGUUGUGUUUGCGACGAUAAAAUAUAUGUCGCCGGAGGAAAGUCCGGUUUGCAUAGUCCUAGAGGAAUGUCGUCGGCCGAGGUCUAUGAUCCGGCUCACGGACAAUGGACUCCAUUGCCAUGCAUGAGCACUUUAAGAUACAAAUGCGUCGGCGUGACAUGGCAAGGGAAAAUCUACGUCGUAGGCGGUUUCGCCGAAGAAACCGGUUCCGACCCAAACAUGCUGACGUUCUCGCCCCAGCGUUGCUCCGCCGAGGUGUUCGACGCACGGACACAAAAAUGGGACCUGGAGGUCGGAAUGUGGCAACUGGACGUGCCGCCGAACCAAAUCGUCGCCGUGGACGGCAAGCUGUUCAGCUCCGGCGAUUGCCUCAUCCCUUGGAAAGGUCACAUCGAGGUUUACGAAGGGAAACUCAACUUGUGGGAUGAAGUCGACGGAUCUCGUUUUAAUCCGCCGAUCUCCACGACGGAGCGACUUUACUUAACAAUGGCGCCGAUCGGGACACAACUGUAUUUCUUUGCAGGGUACAAAAAGGCUGAGGAACCAUUAAAAACACUUUCAAUGGUUUAUAUAUUCGAUACAUCGGCCACCAUUGAUGCGUGGAAAAGCUUAGAGCCAAGGGAGGAAGAUGGUGAGAAAGAGCUAUGCAGCCAUUGUUGCGUCGUUCCAUUCUGGUAA